AUGGAACCCCGAUUCUUUGGGCAAAGUGAGAGUGGGGAUUGGAUGCUGGGAGAACCUUCGGAUAUUUUUUUCGACCUCGCGACUUCUACAACGGAUAAUAAUUCGGCGCCUGAAAUGGAACCGGAGAUAACACUCCCUUUCAACCCCGAAGACGACAGUAUCUUCCCGUCACCUGGACCUCACGCAAACCCAAUGGAAUUUGCCAGCUUCGACGAGCAUGUCCCUUCAUACACAACGGACCUUGAACCUGUUUCAGAUCUUGGUGAAAUGUGCGACUAUCCGAUGGCCGCUUCAGAGGUUCUGAGCUCAUUGGUUAUAAACACCAAUCAAGACUCGGGAUCUUCCAAAAGCGUUUCAAAAUCGGAAUGGCGAUUUGAAGAAGCAGAAAUGCCUUCAAUCAGUAUGACGGAUGUUGCUUCGGACGGGCUGUAUUACUGCCAGCGGGAGAUGUGUCGCGAUCGGGGGGGUUUCCAGCAGCAGGGACUUUUUCGAAAACAUGUACGAUGGCAUGAGAAACCAGUCAAAUGUCCUAAGUGCGAUUACGCUACUGCACAACAAGGGGAUAUGCGCCGACAUGUCGAGAGUAUUCAUACCACGUGGGCUAAGCAACGCUGGAAUGUGGAAGAAGAGUUCUGUUGUCAGAUGUGCAAUGCUUCGUUUAGACGCAAGGAUCAUCUCCAACGACACUGCGGAAAGAAGCAUGCAGUUGAUUUGAGAAUAUAG